CGGAAGCCCGGAGGGCGGGCCGAGGGCGUCCGGGAGUCCACGGCGGUUAAUUCUUUUUACUGUGCAGUGUUGCUUUCUUUGGUCUGGGCCUCACGGAGACUGCGAGAGAUGGUUAGGUCCGGAUCUCGACAAGGCCAGGUGUUAUCUUCAGGAAAGCACGCUGCACCUGCUAAGUUAACGAAUGGAAAGAAGUCGACUCAUUUAAGAAAGAUAUCAUGUUUUAAUGCAGAUUCUGGCCAUCCCAUCCAUUCUGAUUCAGAAAGUCAGACAGAAGCUGUACGAGGGCUUGAUGGUUGUGCUUCUUUGCUGCAGAACAUUUUGAGAAAUGAAGAUUCAGGUUCAGAAAUAGCAUAUUCAGAAAAUAGAUAUAAUCCUAGACCUUUGGAGGGCAAAAGGUAUGGAUCUAAAAAGAAAGGACGUGAAAAACAUACUCUUCCUUCAUUAGUCCGGAAAGAAAUUUUAUCUUCAGAUUAUAAGAAACAGAUAUCUAGUGAAACUUCUGCUGGAAGUGAAAGAGACUCCUCAGAUAUACCACAAAAUUGGUCAUUCCAAGAUCAUUAUAGAAUGUACUCACCCAUAAUAUACCAAGCCCUCUGUGAGCAUGUGCAGACUCAAAUGUCAUUGAUGAAGAACUUGGCUUCAAAGAACAACCCUAAUGGAAUUCCUGCUGUACCUUGCCAUACUGGGUCUGGUUCUGACUCGCAGGCAACUCCACAUUCUAGUCAUGGCUUACCUACUUCCACCCCAGUCCAGUUACCUCAGCAGCUACCCUGCCCUCCAGUGGUUCAUUCUGAAGUUCAGACUGAUGGUGACAACCAGUCUGCAUCACAACAUAAAACAGUUUCUGUGAACUGUACUGAUAUUCUAAGGAAUACCUUUAGUACUAGUCUUGGAGUUCAGUGUAGCCUGCCCAAAACUGACAAAGCAGCUAUUCCAGCAUUUCAGCAGCUGGACUUUGCUAAUGGAAUUCUGCCACAACAAGAAGUUUCUAAGGAACCAGACCUAUUACAGUAUUUCCAAACAUAUAUGAAUCUGUUCCGUUCAUAUCCGGACAGUCAGACGCACAGAAGCCCCACUCUAUUACAGCCAGCUGUCUUGGCCACUAAUGAAGAAAAAUGUGUCAAAGAACGAAUUGGAGAGGUUACAAGUGAAGGAAAGGAUUUAAACAUACAUGUGCGAGAUUCAAGAAUAAAAGGUGUCCAGAAAGCAAAAAAUGGGAGCCAGAGUGCUGAAAAACUUAGAAUUAUAAAGUAUUUGUUGGGAGAGCUAAAGGCCCUGGUAGCAGAACAAGAGGAUUCAGAAAUUCAGAGAUUGAUUACAGAAUUGGAGGCAUGUGUAUCUCUGCUUCCAGCAGCAAAUGGAAACACAAAUAUUCAAGUUGAAAUAGCACUGGCCAUGCAACCACUAAGAAGUGAAAAUGCUCAGUUACGUAGGCAGUUGAGAAUUUUGAACCAGCAGCUUAGAGAACAAGGAAAAACUAAAAAGGCAUCUGGUUCUCAAGAAUGCAACCUCGAAUUGUUUUCCCUUCAAUCAUUGAAUAAGUCACUGCAGAAUCAAUUACAGGAGUCACUAAAGAGCCAGGAAUUACUACAAAGUAAAAAUGAAGAGCUUUUAAAAGUGAUCGAAAAUCAGAAAGAUGAAAACAAAAAAUUUUCUGAUAUAUUUAAAGAGAAAGAUCAAACUAUACUUGAAAAUAAACAGCAAUUUGACAUUGAAACAACUAGAAUUAAAAUUGAAUUGGAGGAAGCCUUAGUCAAUGUGAAGAGCUGCCAGUUUAAGUUAGCAGCUACUGAAAAGGAAAAUCAGAUAUUGGGAAUAACAUUACGUCAGCGUGAUGCUGAGGUAACUCGACUGAGAGACUUAACGAGAACUUUACAAAGCAGUAUGGCAAAGCUUCUCUCAGAUCUUAGUAUGGACACUGCUCGCUGCAAGCCUGGAAAUAAUCUUACUAAAUCACUUCUGACCAUUUAUGAAAAACAAUGUCAACAUGACCCAGUCCCUGCUCAAAUUUCCAUAAUGAGCUACCUAAAUAAGUUAGAAACAGAUCCUACUUUUACUCAUUCAGAGCCACUUUCUGAAAUUAACAAUGAGGAAAACAUAGUGCGAGACAGGCCCUAUGAAAAUGUUCUGCCUUCCAAAGUCCCUCAACAUAGUGACCCUAGGAGCAUGGAGGAAGCAUUGGCCCCUGGAAUCAUUUCUACCCUUUCAAAACAGCAUUCUGAUGAGGAGAGCAAAAUUACAACUUUAAUAGAAGGUGAUUGUAAUCUGGAUAAUACAAUUUAUAUUCCGUUUGCCAGAAGUACUUCUAAAAGGAAAUCACCGCUAUCUAAGAGAUUAUCCCCCCAGCCACAGAUCAGUGUAACUCCACCACCACUGCUCAGCAACAGUGGACCUGUCUCAGAAAAAGAAAAUAGAACAUGUGCAUCUGGAGUUUGUUCUUCCUCCAAAAAGGAGGCAGAACAUGCACAUGAAAAACUUUCCACAACAGCUGAAAUGGAGGACAAGCAGCUCCUCAAGAAAAUAAAGGAAGCCAUCUGCAAGAUCUCUGCUGCCACUGAGGGGCCACAGGAACCGGCUGUGUGUCACGGCCCUUCCACUUGUCAGAGCAGCAGCUUUCAAGUGAAAAGUAGUACUGUGUGUGAUGGUAGCUUUUUAAAUUCCGACUUGAUGUCUGACUGGAGCAUCUCUUCUUUUUCAACAUUUACUUCUCGUGAUGAACAAGACUUCCGAAAUGGCCUUGCAGCACUGGAUGCCAACAUUGCUAGGCUCCAGGAAUCCUUAAGGUCCGGUGUUCUAGAGAAGUGAACUCAGGAAAAAAAAUUGAGUAUCUCUUUUUAAGAAUAGAACUUGGGUACAUGGAAUACAUAUUUUAAAUUUUUGUAUAGAGAAAUGAUGUUUUAUAUUAAUUAUGUGUGAAAAAAUAAAUUUAAUAAUUUA